CUGGUAUAUAUAGCGGGUGAUUGCUGCUAUCGAUAUCAGUCCAUCUUCAUCGACAACAAUUAACAUGGCUCUCAAGUUCUUCGUCCUAGCAGCUCUCGCGACCCUCUGCAGGGGAGGAGUGAUAGGUGCCCCAGGUGCCCUAGUAGCCUCCCCGGUCCUAGCCAGGAUCUCCGACGACACCUUCGACCCCAACCCGGCCUACUCCUUCGCCUACGAUGUCCAGGACGCCCUCACCGGCGACUCCAAGGGCCAGGUGGAGAGCCGCGCCAACGGCAUCGUCCAGGGCCAGUACAACGUGGCCGAACCCGACGGCACCAGGAGGAUCGUCGACUACGUAGCCGAUCCAGUCAACGGAUUCAACGCGGUGGUGAGGAAAGCUCCACUGGCUUACGCAGCCGCUCCCGUGGUAGCCAAGGCGGUGUUACCCGCUCCAGCCGCCCCUCUGGCGGUGGCUCCUGCGUUGAGGGCAGCGUCCCCGUACUAUGCCGUGUACUAGGAGGUAGCCAUGUGAUUGAUAUGAAGACGUGUAUUUAUCUCUUUUUUUUUUUUUAAUAAAUUAUAAUGUCAUUUAUGUGAACCUUUA